CCUCUUCUUCCGACAGAUAUUCCUUUAAAGGCGUAUUUAAAGCCCUGGCUUCAGUCGCAGGAGCAGCGGAGAACCUAUGCAAGAAAAGCUGCCGCAGAGCCGAGCGACUUGUCCGAGCGGACAAAAACACACGGAGCCAGCGGCUGACACGACCCGGCGAGGUACGACUUCAGGGCUUAAGAUUGCAGCCUGGACCAAACAACAACGUCUCAACGACAUUUAUGAAGCUUUUAAGGCCUUUUGAUUGAUCAGCCAAUCGAUGGGGAUUCUCAGAGGAGCUCCGCCCACUGUCGCCGCCUGCCCAUCUCCUCCUCCUCCUCCCCCCUCCCCCCGGCGCCCCCACCCACUCCGUCAUCCAGCCUUCCAUCCAGCCCUCCAUACACAAAAUGACUCUGGAACUCACUGAAUGGUCUUCUAUAUGGAUUUUUACUGCUUGUAAUAGACAGUAAAAAAAAAACAGAGGGAAAAACCUCAAUGACAAAAAAGCCAUAAGCACACACACACACACACACACACACACACACACACACAUACACCCACAAACCCACCACUCGCACAUACAGGCAUGUAAACACUGACAUACCAACAUACCAAAUAAAGCUGACAGAGUUUUCCAGGCAGGAUCUCACACACCUGACAAACAACACACAAAGAAACGCACAAACUCACUCUUGGAAUGUACCGCACACUCUUCCUGUGAAAAUUCAACUGCUUCCUGUUACUUUUGGAAUUUUCUACAAGCAUUUGGAAAAGCUGAUUUUGUUUUUUUAUUUUUUUAUUUUUUCCACCCUGGCUGAAAAAACAACACGGCAAGAAGCAGAUUAAAAAUGUGUUAAAUUUGAAGCUGCAGUGUUUUUGGACAACGUAGGACAAGUUUGUUUAGCAGACAGAUGAUUGCUGAUUGACUUUUUCCGUUUUGUUUUACUUUAGCAGUAAAUUGAGAGUUUUUCCUCAUUUAUUUGGUGUUCACAUCCUUCUUCAUUUUAGCAGGACCCAGUUUUAGUUACAUUUUAUUACCUCGCAUGCUGGGACACUAUCUGUUACACUUUUUGUUUUUAUUGUAGUUGUAUUAGCACUCCAUCACUUCUUUAAAACCUUAAACAGGUUAAAGCAGUAAUAGUUGUAACUACUAUAUAACUAGCAAGUUACAACUACAGGCAAUUUGUAGCUUGUAAAGAUUGUAAUUAAGUUACUUCUAGGAAGUCACUACUAAUUUUUAAAGUAACUACAAGUAACUUGACUUGAGUAGUUUGUGAAAAGCAGGGAAGUGGUAUCGUUUUUUCUUUAAAGGCAAUUGUUCUCAGAUUUGUCAGUGUGUUAGAAGGGGCGUGCUUGUUUUCUUGUCGCGUGCAUGCCCUCCACCAUGCCUCCCCAGAACACAGAGGCUGACGCCAUGCAGGUCGGAUCUCUGGUGGGUGGGGUCAACGACAAAAACUCCACGGCAUCCGGCUCGGACGAGGAGAAAGGAGGAGCAGGAGGCGAGACGGAUGGAUCGGGAGGAGGAGGUGGUGGCGGAGGAGGAGGUCGGGGUGGGGAGGAGUCAGCGAGCGAAGGAUCAAUAGAGGGCAUUCCUGUGAAGAGAUGGGUGAUGCAUGGGGCCGUGAUGUUCGGCCGGGAGUUCUGCUACGCCAUGGAGACGGCGCUGGUGACACCCGUGCUGCUGCAGAUAGGUCUUCCAGAGCAGUACUACAGUCUAACGUGGUUCCUCAGUCCGGUCCUUGGCCUUAUGUUCACUCCUCUGAUCGGCUCGGCCAGCGACCGCUGCACUCUGCGAUGGGGCAGGAGGAGACCUUUCAUCCUGGCGCUGUGUAUAGGAACGCUAAUAGGAGUGGCUCUGUUUCUGAAUGGAUCGCUGAUAGGUCUGUCGCUAGGUGACGAGCAGGGGAGACAACCGAUAGGCAUCGUUCUCACCGUGCUCGGGGUGGUGGUGUUGGACUUUUGUGCGGAUGCCACAGAGGGACCAAUCAGAGCAUAUUUGCUAGAUGUGGCAGACACAGAGGAGCAAGACAUGGCGCUCAACAUCCACGCUGCCUCAGCAGGUCUUGGCGGAGCAGUCGGCUACGCGCUCGGAGGUUUGGACUGGACGCACACCUUCCUAGGAAAAGUCUUCAAGUCUCAGGAGCAGAUCCUGUUCUUCUUCGCCGCCAUCCUCUUCUCCAUCUCUGUGGCGUUACAUCUCCUCAGCAUUGAGGAGCAGCAGUACUCACCCCAACAUGACAGGCUGGACCAGGAGAUUCCGGAUCCCACCAACCCGCAACCAUCGGCCAAUGGCAGGACUGGACUUCUUGCUCCAAAGUUGGAAAUGAUUGGAGAGGAUGAAACAAUGGACAGCUACGACCUCUAUGACCCUUAUGGAGAUGACCAGUCAGAGCGUGGAGAUAUGGACAUGGACUUUCUAGAGGUGGAGCUUGUGAGAAGUAAAAGCGACAGUGUUCUUGCCAUGGCGGACGGCGCUCUUGACCACCUGGACCACGACGCGUUGUUCCUGUGCCACAUCGAGCCAUCCAUCUUUGCCGACCGCCUCUCGCCCUACCACGGCUCACCGCCCACCACCUCGUCCUUCUUUAACCCCGCCCACAGCACUCCCCCUCCCCGGCUCGCUAACAUCAGACGCAGCAGCAGCACAGGAAGCCAGGACCUGCUCCGCCCCCAAAACAGCAACCACCAAACACAUGCUACCACCCCGAGGAUUUGCCGCCUCUCCGCUUUCUUACAAGAAAUGGAAAACGAUGAUGGACAGGAGGCGCUGCUUAACAACCAGCUCAAUGAGCAGCGGACACUGAACGGGCGGCUCUUAGCCAGUGUAACUAAUUCUGAUAGACGUAGCACUAACGGACUGAGCUCUAAGGGGCAGGCCCAUCGUGCUGGAAUGGUCAAAGCUGCCAGCACCGGAGCUCCCAUGAGACAGUCACGCCACCGCCACACCUUCUACCGCCAGCCGUCCUGCACCUUCUCCUACUACGGCCGAGUGGGGAGCCACCGCUACCGCUACCGCAGGGCCAACGCCGCUUUCCUCAUCAAGCCAUCUCGCAGCAUGAACGACCUGUACGAAGUGGAGGCCAGACACAGGAGGAGGAACAGACAGAGAAACAGACACCGGAGUGGAAACACCAACUCCUCCAGUGGAGACACAGAGAGCGAAGAAGGCGAGGUUGAGACCACAGUGCGGCUCCUGUGGCUGUCCAUGCUGAAGAUGCCUCCGGAGCUGCUGCGACUGUGCGCCUGUCACCUGCUCACCUGGUUCUCCAUCAUCGCUGAGGCUGUCUUUUUCACCGACUUCAUGGGACAAGUCAUCUACCAUGGAGACCCCACCGCUCCUGCAAACUCUACUUUGCUGGAUAAUUAUCACAGAGGAGUUCAGAUGGGAUGUUGGGGACUGGUUAUAUACGCCAUGACUGCUGCCACGUGCUCAGCUGUUCUCCAGAAGUACCUUGACAACUUUGACCUGAGCAUUAAGGUCAUCUACAUCCUGGGGACACUUGGAUUCUCCAUAGGAACAGCUAUCAUGGCAAUCUUUCCUAAUGUGUAUGUCGCCAUGGUGAUGAUCAGUAGCAUGGGCAUCAUCUCCAUGAGCAUCUCCUACUGUCCUUAUGCUCUGCUAGGACAGUAUCACGAAAUGAAAGAGUACAUCCAGCACAGUCCUGGUAACUCCCGGAGAGGCUUUGGCAUUGACUGUGCUAUCUUAUCGUGCCAGGUGUACAUCAGUCAGAUCUUGGUGGCCUCGGCUCUGGGUGCAGUGGUGGAAGCUGUCGGCAGCGUCCGUGUCAUUCCCAUGGUGGCCUCAGGGGGCUCUCUCCUAGGAUUCUUCACUGCCUGCUUCUUGGUCAUCUACCCAUCUCCUAACAAUGGGGAGGGGGAAUCAGCCAAAGCUUCGGAGAAACGCGCCUUGACGACGCUGGAAAAUCCCAGCAGCAACGAAGCGGCCGUUACCGUGGUGAUAGAGAAACCCAGCUUCCUGAAACUCAACAAGGAGGGCAAGGCCACCACCACCACCACUUCCUGUCACAUGGAGAAUGAGUCUGCUCUGUGAUUGGCUGGCUAAAUUACUGACAGACGUUGUUGCAGCAGACACAACUAAAUUCACUUUUAUCAUCAAUGCCAUUGGAGAAGACUUAAGGAUUCUGGAGUUUACAGACAUGAAGAAGAGAGAGGAGGGCGUCUCGCGCACUCUUGGCGUCUGCUCUUGCUUUUUCUGAUUCGGUGUGUCUUGAUUUUCUGCAGAUAACAACUCAAUCUGACGUGGGACCAGUGUCACACCAGACACAACUUACCCAACAAAAAAGAAAUCAUUCUGGUCCCAGUGCUGUUUCAGCCGUCACCGAAAUUCCUUCCACUUAACCUUCGCGGACAUUUGACUGAUCUGUCAGGGUCGUCCAGAAGUGAGUUAAUUCACAGGUCAUGGUUUUAAGGAGAGGUCGUCUCUGUCUCUCAGGGCCUCUAGGAGGUGCUAAUGAGCAGCUGCCUGGACUGGAAACUUCAGGGGAUUCACUUACACACACACACACACACACACACAUACAAACAUACAAACCCUCAUACGCACACCUCUUCAUCUGAAUUGAAUGAACAACUGAAUAAUGAACGCUGUUGAUGAACUUUAGUCCUCAAAGCUGCAAUCAUUUAAAAAAAAUGCUGAAAAUCGUUCUUCCUUGCCGUGGUAAAUCGGCUUGAUCGAAUCUUUACUCCGUCACGUGGACGCCGAUUGAUGAGAGAGAGUGUGCGUGUGUGUGUCUGUUAACUGCAGGCACGGUGUUCACCAAAAUAAACCCAACAACACACUUGGCUUUUGCGGGACUUUCACAGCACUCUGCGACAGUAGCUUUAAGACUCUAGAGACUUUUGGAAGUGGCAUUUCUGAAACUAAAAAAGCCCGAAGCCUGGUUCCUGGGGGAAAUUGUUGAUCUCAAGCCCCCAAAUGUCAGAAGGACUGUUUUGUUGCUGCCCUCUGCCACAUGGCAGAAGUGUUAAAAUCUUUAAUUUAGCUUUCACUCCAGGGCAAAGAUGACAAUAUUAAGGAGAAUCUGUGCUAAAGUGUCGGGCAUGAGUGUGAAGUUGCCUCUAUAUUGAGAGUUUAAAACAGUAAAGAUGUUUAUUGAGUGAAAUUCCAGGAAAGAAAGAGCAAAGAUGCAAUAUGUGCAGCAUACAGGGCAUUACAAUCCAAAAUACUAUUUUCAUGAUUUAUUGAGGACCCAGAGAAAGUAAUGAUGAUGGUGAUAAUGCUUCUGUUUGUUUUGAAUAAUCAGACUAAUCUACAUGCUGCAUGUUAGAGGAGCGGAGAAGAGACAAACCAAACAGCAGAGGAGAAGAGAACAGAGAUGUGGAGUUGUUCUUUCUCUCUCUCCUUUUUGUUUUUGCUUGUUUAUUUUAUUUUUUAGUAAAUGCUGUUAACACAAUGUUUGUCACUAACUGCACAUUAGCUGAGCCAUUUUCUGAAAAAAAAAAAAAAGUGUCACGGCUUCCAGUUAGAAAAGCAUUCUUUGAAAUCCUCUUUGGAUUUGUUUGUCUUAGGUUACCAGCAAGGACCAGUGUCAGUGAAAUGGGACACAAGCAUAUUAGAACGGAUCCUGGUUAAUUUGAAAGAAAAGGAUUUGGGAAACAUCAGGUUUCUGGGGCCCAUGUGAUGUAAGAGAGAAAAAAGGAUUGUGUUCCUGUUAAAGGUGUGUUGGUUCCACUUUAAUGGGCCAAAUAUAAUCAGUAUAGAGAAGCAGAUAAUAGUAUUUUAGCUGUGUGUGGUGCGGUGAAUUGAUAUUUAACUGAGGAGAGAGGGAUUAGGAGUGAGAUUAGAGGAGGACUGGAAAAAUGUUUUCACCUAAAAAAAAAGGUUUAUGAAAUGUGCUUAUUCCCUUUUUUGUUGAGCAUUAGCUGAGAAGAGUGAGAGCACUCUCAUGUCUGUAUGGUGAAUAUGAAGCUACAGUUAGCAGCUGGUUAGCUUAGUUUGCUCUGUCCUGUGCUAACAAAGUCCACCCACCAGGGACUACUUUGUUUUCCUGCAGAUUAAAUAAACAAAAUAUAAUAACUUGAUGAGCUUUAGAGUUGCUGGUUGGCAGUUUUGUUACCCUUGUUUACCCCCUGUUUCCAGUCUUUAUGCUAAGCUAAGCUAACUGGCUGCUGGUUUUAGCUACAUCUUUGUUGUAGACUUGAGUCAUGAGAGUAAUUUCAACCUUCUCAUCUAAUUAUGGUCAAGAAAAAUAAGCAUAUUUCCCAAAAUGUUAAACUAUUGCUUUAAAUGUUUGAACUUAAACAACAUUUUGAAAAGUCACAAAUUUGUAAAUACAUGUCUUAACUUUGGGUUGAUUCAAAAUAAGACAGCAGAGGCAGGUUUUACAUUUUAUGAAGGUCCCUGCAGAUCUUGAAACCUAAUUAUUUGGUGAAGUGAAAGUUUUGAGAGCUGCAGCUUUACUUUACAGCAAAAUCGGACUUGGUCUCCAGAAAAACUGCAACGAAUAAUUUACCAAAUUUUUCCCUUAAUGAGAAUCCGUUAUUUCCUGAGCCUAACAGCUUCAGUUUGUUUUCACUGAAGAUGGUUCUGAUCCAGUUUUGCAUCCCUAACUCCAGUUUAACUAAACAGUAAAAUGGCUCUUGCAAAAUGGCUGUGUCUGCUGUUUAGUGAGGGCAGGCAGCAGUGGCAGUGUGAUGUGGGAUGGGGAAGUAAAACUGCUGAGUUUAGCUUUACUUUGACCCUGUUAACAUCCAUACGCAGUGGUGAAAGUAAUAGGCUAAUAACAAAAAAUAUUUGAUUAAAACCACAAAGGGGAUACAUGCAAGUUGUAUAAAACUAAUCUCUUAAUAGUACUUAUUAAUAUUGAGUGUAAACCAUUAGGGUUAAAUAAUCUUAAUCUUUGGAUUGUUUCUUUAGCCGACGAUGCUGGACGUGUAACUUGAAGUUUUGAAGGGCAAAAUGAAAGAUUUUAUUGUUUGUUUUUGGACAAAUCAGAUCGUGUGUUGCAAUAACGGCCUCUGUUAAUCAGCUGCGGGGGGAGGAGAGGACCGUGUGAGGUUCGUGCGGGCACAGCAGGGUUGUUUGUUCCAGGUGUUUUUUCCUGCGUCUGUCAGGGCGAAAGGCCGUGGAUUUGGGUCAUGAAAGAACUUUUUAUUUGAGUGUGUAUUAAAUUAUUUAGUCCAGAAGCUUAUUUAAUUUUUGGGGGGGCGUUAGAAAAGAAUUUACUCACUGAUUAUGUGCUUGUUAUGUUUUCACUUGGGUUUGUGUUAUUGUAGAGUUUAACCCUGUUUUUAACUAAUUCGAUUCCUUCCAUAAUUUCAGGUACAUUCAGUCAGUCCCAGAGCAGAGUAGAUAAGAGAAGGAGUAACUUGCUUCCUGGGUUUGUCCUGCUCUCGCUGAGGUGCUGGGACAUUAAAAAAAUAGAUAAAUAAAUAAAUAAACAGGGAUGGGAUGAUGACAAAAAAAAGAUGUGGAGGUACAGGUGCCAGAGUUUUACGUGGCUUCUGUAACCACUAGGGCAAUAAAAUAUUCUGGAUAAAAAAAUGGACACACAACUUCAGUUUAAGGACAAACAUGAAGAUAAAAACAACAACAACAAAAAGACUUUGGGUUUGGGAGGUUUGCAUGCGACAACAGCGAUAAUGCAUGUGUGGAACACCAAAGUAUGACUCUGUACAAAUCACUCAAGCUCUUUUCUUUAUUGUCCUAAUAGGUCAGGGAUGUAUUUUCUAAUGCAUGGCUGGAUGUUUGUGUCUUUUUUUUGUUUGUUUGUUUGAACUCGUGUAAAAAAAAAAACAACAACAACGUAUAAUCUUUAAGCUGAAGCAUUGUGCUCGGUCUGGGUCAGUACACUCUUAACAAGCAUGUGACUUUUUACAUUUUUGCACAUUUAUGAGUAAAGUUUCAGACCGCGCUCAUCUUGUCACUUUUCAACGAGGUGUUGAAAUGUAAAAAAACAAAAAACAAAAAAUACAAGAUGUGCGUCGUCCCGAGCAGCACUCCUUGUUAAAAGUGUAAGCGAGAAACUCCAAGCCGUGAAUACUUGAAGUGCAACUUGAGUGUUUCUGUUUCAGUGCAGGGGAAAGUCUUUUUAUUUUGGUGGAAGAGGAAGAGGAGGAGGAGGAGGAGGAGGAGGAGGGGAGGUUUGUUCUUCAUGUCCCAAGCCUUUUUACUGUUGACUCUGGAAUGUUCAGUCAGCACGGCCUCUUGCUCGGCCUGCUGGGAGAUUGAGUUCUUACCUUUGAUUCCAUCUGGUGACUUAAAUGUUUUUUUUUAAAAAGUCAAUGAAUGUCAGUUGAUUUCAGCCGAAAUCAUUUUUGUUUUGAUGUUGGACAAGCCAGGGGGUCUGACAUUGCACAGAACUUGCACAUAAUAAGUUUAAAAAAAAAAAAAAAAAGCAAAAACAGAAGAAUUGUGUUGCAAAAGAAAGAAAAAAAAAAUAACUGUGGAUAUUUAUUUUUUGAGUUUUCUUGUCUAUAAAGGACAUUUUUCACUUAGUUUCCAAAAGAGUGAAUUAAAGUUAUUCUAUUUGCUGUUAUGGGAGAUGUUAUAGAAGAGGACUGGAUUGUGUGUGAGUAUGUAUGUGUGAAUAGUUGUCUCACAGCUGCUCACAUACAAAACAAAAGGCAGGAGCGUGUUUAAAAAAAAAAAGAAGUCAUCUCAGUGUUUGUAUUUUGGUUCUUGUUCUCUGUUCUUCGCAAUCACCUGGUUUACACUUAACUCUGGAAUCGAUGGCUGCAAUACCUGAGGUUAUUUACGAGUCUUUUUGUCUCUGUUCUGGUGUUUUAACUCAUCUAGAAAAUGUCUCUUUUUUUUGUAUCUGUUCUUUGGAUUUCAGGCAGGGCCACACACAGUAGUUUGGCCUUUGCACUUUUUCAGUGGCAGCCAUGUUGGCUCCACUGUCCUGAUCAUUGAAUGAAUGUGGCGACGUGGUGAUGCUGUGUCAUAUUUCCAGCCAGCAGCUGUUAGUGCCAGCGCCGUGAUGGCCAUGCAGUUAGUCCAACCUGGCCGAACUCUGCGUGUAUGUGUGUGUGUGUGUGGCUCUGCCUCUAGUAAACUGUGUGUUAAUGAUGGAGAAAGAUGCCUAUAUACUUUGAUCUUCACAGAGAUUAAAUCAAGAAAAAUACUUAAAGAAUGGGAAAGCAAGUAUGCGCAGUGUACUAUACAUAAUAUGCCUUGUUAUUUGAAAAAAGAUGUAAAUAUACAUAUUUCUCUUUUAGUUUCUUCUUUUUUUGCUGCUAUAAAAAAGAUGAUUAUUUUUGUUAGUAGUUUUGUUUUCUAUAUAAAGACUGUAUAUAUAUCUCUAUGUUCUGUAAAUAUGCUUGAGCCUUCAUAUGUAGGACUCUGGAUGAACACUGUAUGGAACGCACCUUUAAAAUCUGUUCAGAAGUUAACAAACAA